AUUGUCAUCCAAAUUACUAUGGUGACAAUUGUACGAUAUUCUGUUCUAAUGUCACUCAUGGUACUUGUUCACUAGAGGGAAAACGUAUUUGCCGUGAAAACUAUUAUGGACAGAACUGCACCCAAUUCUGCCCAAACGUCACGCAUGGUACUUGUACACUCGAGGGAAUACUUUAUUGCCACAAGAAUUACUUUGGCCCCAACUGUUCUACAUUUUGUCGAAACACCGAGAACGGAAUUUGUUUAUUGUCUGGUACUCUGCAGUGCUUUGAGAAUUACUAUGGUAAGACAUGUGACGUGUUUUGUAAAAAUUCUACACACGGAUCAUGUUCUCAUGAUGGAACCUUAAAUUGUGAAUCAAAUUAUUAUGGAAUUGAUUGUGAGAAGCUUUGUCUUACAUCAGAAAAAGGGUCUUGUGAUGAAAAUGGAAAUCUGUUAUGUAACAAGAACUUUUUUGGGAGAAAUUGUGAAACUUUCUGUCAAGAUGCGCCCCAUGGAAAAUGUAAUGAUGCUGGUGUCUUGGUCUGUGAAAAUCACUGGUAUGGUAGUACUUGUUCAAAGAAUUGUAUUGAAUUGAAACAUUCGAAAUGUGAUGACCAAGGACAGUUGUCAUGCUUCGACCAUUGGUAUGGAGACAACUGUACCAUUUUUUGCAAGGACGAUGAUGUGGAAAAAUGCAAUAUGAAAGGAGCUGGAGCAGUGACAGUUGAUGGGAAAUUAAAUAGCAACUCUGUGAUUCAACUGGAAUUCUCUAUCGAAUUAUUUGUAGCGGAUAAUAUAUGUGAGAACAAAAAUAUUCACGUGUUCAUUGAUGUGUUGAAACUGAGGGAAAGGACGAAAACAUCCACAUUUGCCCUUAGUAUCUCCUGUGAUGAAGAAAUAAUAAACAGCGAUACAUUCCUGCAAACUUACUUGGCGAUGGCACCAGAAAAACUCCGAAAAUACAACUUUCCUUUCCGAUUGGGCAAGCCUACAAAGACGAAGCAUAAUGCAGACUGGCUAUCAUUAAAUUGGCGUGUAUUGGCAAUUUUACUGGGGACGACUGGACUUAUUUUAUUUCUAGUGUUCCUCAUGCAGAAAUGUAGAAGAGAACAACGUCGGAGAAUCGAAAGACAUAUAUUCACUUUGGAACUUGAAACAACUGAAAUAUACGAGUAAAUGUACAGAAAAAAAAACAUGCACUCUUGGUAAUUCUCUAUGAGCUUGCUGCUGAAGCAAAGAUAAAUUUCAUAGUUUUAAUUUACUCUUACUAAUUACCCGAUUGUUGUAAUACAUGUACGUAGUUUUAUUAUCCGAAAUAGUUUCUAAACAACGGUUUGGAAGCAUGUUCCGUGAACAAAGUGUUAUAAAUAGAAUUCAAGAAUACAAUACUCGUUGUUUUAACCAAACAUUAACUAUGUACUGCAGAAUUGUUAUUAAGGGAAAA